AUGGGCGUCAAAGAAAUUCGCACUGCUCUAAAGGUUGAUUUGAACAAGCAUGCAAGGGAACAGCCCGGACUUCAUAAUCGAUGGCACCCUGAGAUCCCCGUGUGUGGCAAAAUUGCAAACAACGAGGUUGUGAAGAUCGAAUGCUUGGACUGGACUGGUGGGCAGAUCGGCAAUAACGACUCGGCAGAGGAUGUUCGGACUGUGGACUUGACGGAAAUUCACUAUCUAUCUGGCCCAUUUGAUAUUGAGACUGCUGAGCCUGGAGACGUCUUGCUUGUUGAAAUCCAAGACGUUCAGCCAUUCCAAGAUCAACCAUGGGGCUUUACAGGCGUCUUUGACCGACAGAACGGAGGAGGCUUCUUGGAUGAUCAUUACCCGAAAGCAGCAAAGGCAAUCUGGGACUUUGAAGGCAUAUUUUGUUCGAGUCGUCACAUCCCCGGGGUUCGCUUUGCAGGGUUGAUUCACCCUGGAAUACUGGGAUGCGCUCCGUCUGCUGAAGUACUGGCCGAGUGGAAUCGCCGAGAAGGCGAACUGAUUGCAGCCAAUACUGUCACAGACAGAAUCGUUGCCCAACCACCACAGCCCAUAAAUGCUCAUGCAGGUUGCUCGACUGAGGAAAUCAAGGCGAAGGUGGCGAGAGAAGGCGCGAGAACGAUUCCGGGACGCCCUGAGCAUGGGGGAAAUUGUGAUAUAAAGAACCUUUCCCGAGGUUCCAAGGUCUAUCUGCCUGUCCAUGUCCCGGGGGCCAAGUUUUCGGUUGGCGAUCUCCAUUUCUCCCAAGGCGAUGGCGAAAUUUCGUUUUGCGGUGCCAUUGAAAUGGCUGGUGUCAUUACUUUGAAGUUUACUGUUAUCAAAGAUGGCAUUGCAAAAUUAGCCAUGAAGUCCCCAAUCUUUCUGCCUGGGCCUGUGGAGCCGCAGUUUGGUCCUGGGCGCUACCUCACGUUUGAAGGCUUCUCGGUGGACGAGCAUGGAAAGCAGCACUAUAUGGAUGCCACAGUAGCAUACAGACAGACCUGCCUCCGCGUUAUUGAAUAUCUUCGGCGCUAUGGAUAUUCAGACUACCAGAUCUACCUCUUGCUGUCAUGUGCCCCAGUGCAAGGACAUAUAGCAGGCAUUGUGGAUAUUCCAAAUGCCUGCACUACACUUGGAGUCCCCAUGGAUAUAUUCGACUUCGAUAUAAGACCUGAAGCCGAAGUUGUCAAAAGAGAUAUGGGGGCCUGCGCUUUCGCAGAGGAGUAG